UCUUGCAGUGUUUUUAGCUUCUCAAGUACUUCAGUCUAAAGUCUAGACAAUAGAAGGAGGAUAAAAAGAUAAAUCUUCAGCUGGUUGAAGCUGCACAAAGUCCUUGGGAGAAUUCAAUCAUGGCGAGAGGCAAAAUUCAGAUGAGGCGAAUUGAGAACGCGACGAGCCGGCAAGUCACCUUCUCGAAGCGCCGGACCGGACUGCUGAAGAAAGCUUACGAGCUUUCGGUCCUCUGCGACGCCGAAGUCGCCGUGAUCAUCUUUUCCCAGAAAGGAAGGCUUUACGAGUUCUCGAGCAAUUCCGAAAUCCGAAAGACAAUUGAUCGAUACCGUAAAUCUGUAAAUGAUGCGGAUACAUACCAGGCUAAUAUGGAACAACAUAUUCUGCAUCUGAAGCAAGAAACCAUGGAUAUGGAGAGGAAGAUUGAGCUUCUUGAAGUUUCUCUACGGAAGCUAUCAGGACAAUGUCUUGGAUCUUGUUCGAUCGACGAAAUCCACAUGAUAGGGGAUCAGCUCGAGCGAAGUUUGAGCAGCGUUAGGGCGAGAAAGGCUCAAUUAUUCAACGAUCAGAUACAGCAGUUACAAGCAAAGGAGAGAUCUCUGAAAGAAGAGAAUGCAAAGCUUCUUGCUAAGGGAACUGUAGACAAACUCCAAUCUCUCUGAAUUCUUCUAUGGUACCGCACUUGAUCUGUUAAGAAAGUGAUUGACUUGAGAAAAAAAGGUUACUAACUCAUGUUGGGAAAAAAAAUAUUAGGAUAAUUACAAUCAUGAGAUACAAUUAUAUGUAUGGGACUAUAGGAUUGUAGACGGUCCCAAAUCUGUGUCUUUCUGUGAUCCCGUGACCAUUACUUGAUAUGCUUGGAAAGUUACUGACUUGAGAAAAAAAGGUUACUAGCUCUAAGUCAAUGACAUGCAUUGUGAAAUAUCGCCAUUUG